AUGGAGGCACAUCCAUGCUUAACUCCCAUGACUGUCGGUAUCAAACUUAGUUCAACUGACAGUGAGCUAUUUCAGAAUCCCAGCUUGUAUAGAAGUACAGUAGGAGCACUACAAUACUUAACACUUACAAGACCAGAUAUCAGCUACACUGUUAACAAGUUAAGCCAAUUUUUACAAGCACCAACUGAUCUUCAAUGGCAGGCUUGUAAUAGGGUGUUGAGGUACGUUAAAGGUACUCUGGAUUUUGGUCUUGUGUUCAAACCAGCGAGCACUCUUCAUGUUGAGUGUUAUGUUGAUGCUGAUUGGGGAGGAAGUAUAGAGGAUCGAAGAUCUACCAGUGGCUAUUGUGUUUACCUAGGACCAAACUUGAUUCAGUGGAGUUCUCGAAAACAGAAGGUUGUUGCCCUUUCCUCUACUGAAGCUGAAUAUAGAGCUCUUGUUCACACAGCCACAUAG